AUGAUGCAAAAUCGAGAAAAAAAAUCAAACCGACAAAAAAAUAAAUUUGUUCAUGACGUUCAGUCAGAUAUUCCUACAAAAAGAAACAGAAUAGAAACUGAUAUCGAACCAAGUGCUUUACAUAAAAAUAGAGCAGAAUACUAUAUCGAAGACACGUUCUUGAGUAACCAUUUAUUAGAACAUGAUUAUUGCAAUUCUUCACAAAAUCAUGACAGAAGUGCAACUCAGUUUAUAAAUAAUUAUCACUUUAAUGAACACAGUUAUGCUAACUUAAGCCUUCCUUUAUUAACUAAUGAAAUAAAUGAGCAUUAUCUUGGAGCAAUGGAUAUUCUGUGUAUUCAUUGCAAUGCUAAACACUUUGUAGCAGAAAAAGUAUCCAAUAAGGGAAACUCUUUUAACGAUUGCUGUAGCCAUGGAAACGUAAAAUUAGAUCCAUUACCAGAUCCACCAGAAAUGUUAAAAAAACUCUUUGAUGGUACUCAUGUUUGGUCAAGUCAUUUUUUCAAUCAAAUACGUUGUAUUAAUAGUUCAUUUUCUUUUGCAUCUUUUAAUGCCAAUUUAGUAGAGUUCAACAACAGAAGACCAGGACCCUACUGCUUUAAAAUUCAUGGUCAAAUUUACUAUCAAUUCAAUACAGCAUUAUACCCAGAGAUUGAUGAAUUGCCAAAAUACGGUCAACUGUUCAUACUUGAUGCUAAUGAAGCGACAAAUCAUCGGUUAAAUAUGAAUUCUGAUUUAAAUGCACAAGUUAUUCAAGUAGUUGAAAACGUAAUGAGAGAACAUAAUAUAUUUGUACACUCUUAUCAAAUGAUGAAAGAAGAAUUGGAUGCUUUGACCGAAGUAAAUGGCGGUAAAGAACCGGAAUUGGAAUUAUUAUUUACACUUAAAAAAGGACAUGAUAAAAGACGUUUUAAUUUUCAAAGAGUUAAUGAAGUAGCAGCAAUCUUUUCAACUACAGCAGAUGGUGAAAUUCCAGAAUCAUAUGUCACAGUACGUAAUAAAAAUACAAAAAAUUUGCAAUAUGUCAGCUCAAUGGAUGCAAAUGUCGAACCUUGGACAUAUCCUUUAUUUUAUCCUUAUGGAAACAGAGGUUGGUAUGAUGGUAUUAAAAUGGUUGGCAGUAACCGCAGAGUUACCAGAAACGCUUAUGUAAAAUAUCUCAUAGCUAUAAGAGACUAUUCAAAUUACAUUCUAAUGGGACGUCGUUUAUUUCAACAAUGUAUUGUAGAUUUUUUUGUUAAAUCAGAGAAAGAUAGAAUGAAUUUCUUAAAAAACAACCAAAAACAGUUACGUGCUGAUUCAUAUGAAGGACUCUUACAGCAUUUAGAAAAUAGGUCAGAAAAUACAAAUAGCCGCAUUGGAAAAGUUGUUAUUCUGCCUUCUACUUAUCCCGGAUCACCAAGAUAUAUGCAACAGAACUAUCAAGAUGCAAUGACUAUAGUUCGGAAAUUUGGUAAACCUGAUUUAUUUAUAUCAAUGACGUGCAAUCCAAAAUGGAGAGAAAUUACAGAAAAUCUACUCAGUGGACAAACUGCGUCUGACCGACCAGACUUAGUUGCUCGCGUUUUUGAAUUAAAAAAAGAAGAGCUUAUUAAUAUAAUAGUCAAACAGAAAUUAUUUGGUGAAGUUCAAGCAUAUGUAUACGUAGUCGAAAAUCAAAAGCGAGGAUUACCACACGUUCACUUGCUAAUAACUUUAAAACCAAAUUUUAAAAUUACAACACCUGAAGUUGUUGAUAAGUUUAUUUCAGCUGAAAUUCCAGAUCCUACUGAAAAUUUACGAUUACAUAAAAUCGUUGAGACCAAUAUGAUUCAUGGGCCCUGUGGAGCUUGGUGUUUAGAUAAUGAAGGAAAAUGUUCUAAAAAUUACCCACAUAUGUUUAAUAAUGAAACAAAUAUGGACGAAGACGGUUAUCCACAUUACAGGCGCCGAAAUACUGGCACUUACACGCGUCGCGAUGGAUUUGAAUAUGACAAUCGAAGUGUUGUACCUCACAAUAAAAGUCUGUUAUUGGCUUUAAAUUGCCAUAUCAAUGUUGAAGUUGUUACUAGCAUUAAAGCAGUGAAAUACCUUUAUAAAUAUAUUUUUAAAGGACAUGACGCUGCGUCUGUUGUGAUUCAAGAUACACCAAGCAAUGACGAAAGAAGUGUUAUUGACCAUGAUGAAAUAAAAAGUUACAUUGAAACUCGCUAUGUUAGUCCACCCGAAGCAUGUGGUCGUAUUUUAAGCAACAAUUUGCAAGGUAAAAGUCAUUCAAUUUAUCGACUUCCAGUUCAUUUACCAAAUCAACAAACUGUUAUAGUCGAAAAUAUUGAUGAUUCAAAUUCAAUUAGAUCCGCACUAAACCGAUCAACAGAACUUCCAGAGUAUUUUAGUAUAAAUGAACGUGAUCCAGAAGCUAGAAAAUAUAUUUAUUCUGAAAUGCCAUUUCAUUAUGUUUUUAAAAAGGAGAAAAACUGUUCUUUCUGGCAAAAAAGAAAAAAACAAUUUAAUACGUUGGGUCGUAUGUAUUCAGUAAGUCCAUCUCAAACAGAAUUAUUUCAUUUGAGAUUAUUAUUAAACACAGUGAAAGGAGCUACAAGUUUUCAAGAUUUGAGAACAGUAAAUGGUAUAAUACAUGAGACUUUUGUAUCUGCAUGUUUAGCACUGGGCUUAAUUGAAGAUGAUAAUGAGUGGAAAAAUGCUAUGCACGAAGCAGAAGUUUGGAUGAUGCCUAGACAAUUGCGGCACUUAUUUGUGCGUAUUUUAAUACACUGCCAACCUAUACAUCCUGAAGAAUUAUGGGAAGAAUUUAAAGAAGCAUUAUCUCAUGAUUAUUUAAGAACAAUGCCUGAAAGUUUUGCGCAAAGAAAUGCAUAUAUUCAUAUAAAUACAUUGCUUGCUGCCGAGAAUUCAAGUAUUACAAAUUUUUCUACAAUGCCAUAA